AUUUUCAUACCCGGGCCCCGUCAACUCCUAUAUGAUAACUAGCUGACCAUUCCCUAUUCUCCCCUUUCCUCUCCCGUGUAAAUCAACGUUCGUUCGAAGUCGUCGUCUCUUUCAAUCGUCAACAUGGAGGAGGUCUACGUCUUCGGCGACCAAACCGCCGACUGCAGGGCCUUCUUCGCCAAGGUCUUCACCCGGAAGGACGAUGUUAUUCUACAAGCCUUCCUGGAGCGAGCCGGCGACGCCCUCAGAAUCGAGAACAGAAACCGAUCCCAUCCUUCAAAAGCAGUCCCUAAUUUCUCAACCGUUCAAGAGUUGGUCGAUCGUUAUUACAGAGGCGAGGCAAAGGAUGCCGCCGUUGAGAGCGCUCUCGUUUGUAUUUCUCAGUUCACUCAUUUCAUUGGCGCAUUCGAAGAGAGAACGCCUUCAUAUAUUCCUCAUAAUGCAGAUGCACGAUUGGUCGGCCUAUGUACUGGUUUAAUUGCGGCUUCAGCGGUCGCCUCUGCAGACUCAUUGACAGCUCUUCUUCCCUUGGCCGUCGAGUCCGUCCGAAUCGCCUUCCGAGCCGGUGCCCACGUUGGGAGAGUAGCAGAGCAGAUUGAGGGCGACUCCAAGUCAGGCUCAUGGUCUACCAUCGUUGCUGCGGACGAGAAGUCGGCGCAGGCAGCUUUGGAUGCUUUCCACAAAGAGAAGGGCACAGCACCAACAAGCAGACUAUGGAUCAGUGCAUCUUCAGCCACUUCCGUCACAAUCAGCGGUCCUCCAUCAACGAAGGCCGCUCUUUUCGAGGAUUCAGAAUUCUUCCGAACGCAUAAAAAUGCCCCUGUAUCAAUAUUUGCUCCCUACCACGCAUCCCACCUACACUCCCAAUCAGAUUUGGACAAGAUCCUGCGACCACAGACGAAGAACAUCUUCGGAAACACCACCGUGAGAUUCCCAGUCUGCUCCAGCGUUACUGGCAAACCAGUCGAAGCUCAAAAUGGAUACGAGCUCCUCCAAAAUGCCCUGAAGGAGGUUGUAAUUGAGCCACUGCGAUGGGACAAGGUCUUGAAGUACUGUGCCUCUGGCAAGCCUUCAGAAGCGAAGGUCUUUGCUGUUGGCCCAACAAACCUUGCCAGCAGCGUUGUCUCGGCCCUCAAGGCCAGCACGUCAAAGGUUACUCUCGAAGACCAAUCUCACUGGAGUGCCGUGGCUCCAGCAGGAACUCAGCAUUCGAAGCGAGAAGCUGACAUCGCCAUUGUUGGCUACUCCGGUCGAUUUCCCGAUGCUGCAGACAACGAGCUUUUCUGGCAACUGCUGGAGAAGGGGCUCGACGUUCAUCGACCAGUUCCUCCGGACAGGUUUCCUGUCGAGUCUCACACAGAUCCCACAUCCAAGAAGAAGAACACCUCACAUACACCGUUCGCUAACUUCAUCGAAAAGCCUGGUCUAUUCGAUGCCCGAUUCUUCAACAUGUCUCCUCGAGAAGCCGCUCAGACCGACCCUAUGCAGCGACUGAUGCUUGCAACUGGUUACGAAGCUAUGGAAAUGGCAGGUAUCGUCCCUGACCGAACUCCAUCCACCAAAAAGGACAGAAUUGGUACCUUCUAUGGUCAGACCUCCGACGACUGGCGUGAGGUGAACGCCGCCCAGGACAUUGAUACAUACUUCAUUUCCGGGGGUGUGCGUGCCUUUGGCCCUGGCCGCAUCAACUACUUUUUUAAGUUUUCCGGACCCAGUUUCUCAGUUGAUACUGCCUGCUCCUCCAGUUUCGCCGCCAUCAACGUGGCCAUCACCUCAUUGAGAGCAAAUGAAUGUGACACCGCCUUUACCGGUGGUGCCAACGUCCUGACCAAUUCCGAUAUUUUCUCCGGUCUUAGCAGAGGUCAUUUCCUUUCCAGGACAGGAUCCUGCAAAACCUGGGAUAAUGAUGCCGAUGGUUACUGCAGAGGUGACGGCGUCUGCACGGUUAUCAUGAAACGGUUGGAUGAUGCUAUGGCCGACCGAGACCCUAUCUUGGGUGUUAUACGUGGUAUUGGUACCAAUCACUCUGCUGAGGCAGUUUCCAUUACCCAUCCUUGCGCCGAGAACCAGGCCUUCUUGUUCGACAAGGUCUUGAAGGAGUGCAACGUCCCUUGCAACGAAGUGAACUACGUCGAAAUGCACGGAACUGGUACUCAGGCUGGAGACGGCAUUGAAAUGGAGUCAGUCACAUCUGUCUUCGCUCCUCGACAGAACCGCAGACGCCCAGAUCAGCCAUUGUACGUCGGUGCAGUCAAGUCCAACAUCGGCCACGGUGAGGCUGUCUCGGGCGUCAGUGCCUUGAUCAAGGUCCUCAUGAUGCUUCAAAAGAGCAAGAUCCCACCUCACACGGGAAUCAAAAAGCAGAUGAACAAGAACUUUGCCCCUGAUUUGAAGGAGCGCAACGUCAACAUUGCUUUCCAGCCAACACCAUUCCCACGCCCUGCCGGUGGCAAGCGAACCGUGUUCAUCAACAAUUUUAGUGCAGCUGGUGGUAACACGGCGAUGCUUCUGCAGGAUGGACCUGAAGUGGCAAAGGAGCCGACAGCUGACCCUCGCUCUACCCAUGUUGUCACUGUUUCUGCCAAAUCCUUGGCCUCCUUCAAGAAGACACUCGCAAAGUAUGAAGCGUACCUGGCCGCCAACCCCAACGUUGGGCUCACUGAUUUGGCAUAUACCGUGACAGCUCGAAGGGCUCACUACAACUACCGUGCUGCAUUCCCGGUCCAGUCAAUUGCCCAGCUGCAACAAUCAAUUAAGGCUAUCGCUGACCAGACUCACAACCCUAUUCCUCUUGCCGCUCCACAAAUCGCCAUGGCAUUCACUGGACAAGGCUCGCAAUACUCUGGCAUGGGUCAGAAGCUUUUCGAGACGUCUAAGCAAUUUCGAACCGAUAUCGAAGAGUUCAACGAGAUUGCCCUCCGACAAGGUCUGCCAUCCAUCAUGCCUUUGAUCGACGGAUCCACAGAGGUACAGCACCUGCCACCAACAGUCGUACAACUGGGAAUGUGCUGCGUCCAGAUGGCUCUUACUCGUCUCUGGGCUACUUGGGGAGUCACCCCCAGCGUGGUUAUUGGCCAUUCUCUGGGUGAGUAUGCUGCACUUCAGGCUGCAGGUGUUCUUUCCGUCGCCGACACCAUCUACCUGGUUGGAAAGCGAGCACAGCUCCUUGAGCAGAAGUGCACGGCUGGCACGCACGCGAUGCUUGCAGUCAGAUCCCCUGUCGCUGGGCUCCAGGACGUUGUUGCCAACAGCCAAGGCAAGAUCGAGAUUGCAUGCAUCAAUGGUGUUUCGGACACUGUUCUCUCGGGCACAAUGGCGGACAUUGAUGCUGUUGCACAGAAGUUGGCUGACGCUGGUCAGAAGUGCACCAAGCUGAAGUUGCCAUUUGCUUUCCACUCUUCGCAGGUUGAUCCCAUCCUCGCAGACUUCGAGAAGUUGGCAGCUCCUAUCAAAUACCACGCUCCACGCGUUCCGGUCAUCUCCCCCCUUCUCAGUGACGUUGUCAGCGUCGGUGGUAUUUUCGAUGCUUUCUACCUAAGCAGACACUGUCGCAAGACUGUCGACUUUGUUGGUGGCCUCUCUUCUGGCAUGUCGUCUGCCACCAUCAGUGACACCACCCUCUGGCUUGAAGUUGGUGGCCAUCCUUUGUGCGCUAGCAUGAUCAAGUCAUGCCUGUCUGUCCCAACUUUGGCAACCAUGCGCCGUGAUGAGGACCCUUGGAAGAUCAUCUCCACCUCAAUGGCUGGUCUCUACACCUCUGGCAAGGCCCUCAACUGGGAUGCCUUCCACAAGGAGAACGAGUCUCUUCGUGUCCUGAAUGAUCUGCCUUUCUACGGAUACGACGAGAAGAACUAUUGGCUUCAGUACACUGGUGAUUGGCUCCUAUACAAGGGCGACUUCCCCAAGGCUAUUGCACCAGCUCCAGCCGCCACCGCUUCUGCUGGCCCUGCAAAGGCCCGUAAAUACCUGUCCACUGCAGUCCAAGGAAUCGUGUCUGAGGAGGUCAAGGGCAAGACUGUUAACAUCAUUGCAGAGUCCGAUUUCGCUCACCCCAAGCUGUUCCCAGUCAUUGCUGGCCACUUGGUCAAUGGCAGUGGUCUCUGCCCAUCCACGCUCUAUGCUGACAUGGCCUAUACCUUGAUCAACUAUGGUGUUGACUUGCUCUCACCCGGCGAGAAGGUGGAUAUCAACAUCGGUACGAUGGACAACCCAGCACCUCUUCUCCUCAAGAACAUCAACCAGCCAGAAAGUCAAAUCGUCCGAAUGGCCAUGUCCAUCGACAUGAACGCACGAAAGGCUGAUUUCACUGUCACUACCAACAACGGAAGGAAGGAUGUUGUCCACGCCAAGUGCAUUAUCCGAUUCGAAGAUGCUGCUGCCUGGAAGCAGGAAUGGAGUAAAACUUCAUACCUCAUCCAAUCCCGAAUUGAUCUCCUGAAGCACAAAAUGGAGAAUGGUGAGGCCGACAAGGUCAGCCGUGCAAUGGCAUACAAGCUUUUCGGUGCUUUGGUCGACUACUCUGAUAUCUACCAAGGUAUGCAGAGUGUGGUCUUUGACGGGCCAGAAUUUGAAGCCACCAGCAACAUCAAGCUCCGAGCUGGGCCCAAUGAUGGCGACUUCUACUUCAGCCCUUACCACAUCGACAGCGCCUGCCAUCUUUCAGGAUUUACGGUCAAUGCCACCGUCAACCGCAUGGAAGAGUGCUACAUCUCCCAUGGUUGGUCCAGCCUUCGUUUCAUCGAGCCGCUCAAGCAUGAUAAGCAAUACUUUGCCUAUGUAAAGAUGCAACCUGUUGCUGGCAGCAAGAUGAGGGCUGGCGACGUCUACGUCUUCAACGAGGACAAGGAAGUCAUCGGUGUUGCGGGUGCAGUCCGUUUCCAGUGCAUCCCUCGGAAGUUGAUGGAUGUCAUGAUGCCCAAGCCCAAGGCUGCCGCUGGCGGUAAGGCUGCUACUCCUGUUUCUGCACCCAAGGUCUCCGCUGCACGAACACCUGUUGCCGCAGCUCCUGCACCCGUCGCGGCACCAGCGCCGAAGGCUCCCAAGGUCAAGACUCCCAAGGUCAAGGCGCCAAAAGUCAAGGCUCCUGCCCCACCGAAAGCCUCUUCUGCUGGCAGUCUUGCGGUCCGCGCCUUUGACAUCAUUGCCAAAGAGAUUGAUGUUGACCAGUCUGAGCUCAACGACGACAUCCAAUGGGCUGAUAUGGGUGUCGACAGUUUGAUGUCCUUGACCAUCUCGGGCAAAUUCCGUGAAGAUCUCGACCUCGAGGUGGAAAGCACUCUCUUCACCGACUACUCUUCGGUCGGUGCUCUUCGCAAGCAUCUUAGCGGCAUGUCGGGCCCCGAACCAUCUGCUGCUGCUGGUGACGCAAGCUCUGUUGAGUCAACCGACUCUGGCUCCGAGAGUGAUGACGACACUGUCGAGUCUGGUAUCACCACGCCCGACACCGAGGACUUCCCAGCGAAGCCUACCGAGCAAGGCAAGUCUGCUGCCGUCGAAGCUGUUGCUCAGGCUCCGGCUGCUUCCGCGGAUGGCGGUGACAUGAUUGAGACCAUCCGCGUCGUCAUUGCUCAGGAGAUGGAGAUGGAUCUGGCCGAAAUCACUGAGACUACUGACCUCAGCAACCUCGGAAUGGAUUCCCUGAUGGCUCUCACUGUCCUCGGCAAGCUUCGUGAAGAACAUGAAAUCGACCUCGACCCUACCAUUCUGGCCGAUAACCCGUCUCUUGGCCACUUGCGCAAGGCGCUCGGCCUUGAGAAGCAGAAGGCUGCUCCACCACCAGCCCCAAAGCCAGAGGUGAAGCAGAACAUCAUUGUGGCUCCUGCCGCUCCUCCGGUUGAGGUUGUUGUGCAGAUGCCCCCUGCCACCUCUGUCUUACUUCAGGGCAAUCCAAAGACUGCCACCAAGAACCUCUUCCUGUUCCCCGAUGGAUCCGGAUCCGCCACCUCUUACGUCUCCAUUCCCGCUAUUGACAGCAAGAACUUGGCAGUCUAUGGUCUCAACUGCCCCUUCAUGAAGGACCCUACCAGCUACACCUGCGGUAUCGAAGGUGUUUCCAAACUCUACCUUGAGGAAGUCAUGCGCCGACAACCUGUCGGUCCAUACAUCCUUGGUGGUUGGUCUGCUGGGGGUGUCGUCGCCUACGAGGUUACCAGACAAUUGGCCGACCUCCAGAAAUCCCGUCCAGACAGGAACUAUCAAGUCGAGAAACUGAUCCUCAUUGACUCACCGUGCCCCAUCCGAUUGGAGCCUCUGCCUGCCCGUCUUCACCACUUCUUCGACGAGAUUGGUCUUUUGGGAACUGGAACCGGGAAGACGCCCAACUGGUUGCUGCCUCACUUCGAAUACAGCAUCAAGGCUUUGACUGCCUACCGUCCGGAAUUGAAGUCGACACAUGACUUCAAGGCACCACCGACCCUCCUCAUUUGGGCCACCGACGGUGUCUGUGGCAAGCCAGGUGAUCCACGACCACCGCCGCAAGCUGAUGACCCGAAGAGCAUGAAGUGGCUCUUGGACAACCGAAACGACUUCGGUCCCAAUGGCUGGGACAAACUCUUGAGCCCUGAAGUCUGCAAGAUGGUUACCGUCAAUGGCAACCAUUUCACCAUGAUGAAGCCUCCAGUGGCUAAGGGUGUUGGUCAAUUUAUUCGCGAGUCUCUGUUGGUGUAAAAGAGCUCGACCUUUUCACGCAACGAGAUACCUGAUAGAGGCGAAUUGGGAAUUGUGUAUGGAUAUAGACAUUGGCUUUUCACGACUUGCUUGCUUCCUGAGAAAAAGGGUCGUACAUAUUGAAUGGGCUUUGCUAGCGUUGUUGGCCACAGGUUCUCUGAUGGGCAUUUUCAGAAGCGUUUUUGGCUUGCGGCUUUUGGGACAAGUGCUUUUUCUCCAGAUUGUCGACGGUGAAGCUUUUCAUGGCAGGCGUUGCAUAGUGGUUCAGAGAAGGGCAAGCGGAGUGAUCAUGGGGAAUUGUCUCUUUAUCUUUUCGAAGGGGCUUAUUUUUACAGCCCCUUCAAAUGUCAUUCAUAUCUUUACGAAGUUUGAGAUUCUUAAUGCGCAUCUUUUGACAGAA